AGAUCACAUCCAGCGCACAUCACACACUACAUACACCAUACAGAAUAUAAAAGCGGGUUCCAAGGGUAGAAGUUUCAGAAUUUUUGAAAGCAACGUAUUUAUAUAUACACAGCAAACCCAAAACCAUUAAGAGUUUACAUCUUAGAUUCAAUUUUGAUAAACAAGAUCAUUAUUAGAUCAACAAGAAAAGAAAUAAAGAUGGGUAGCAGUUAUUUUGGAAUUCCAAAAAUGGCAAAUUCCAACGAAAAAUCAUCCUCGUCUUCAAGAAAAAGCAAGAAAAGCAGUUCGGAUAAACCAAAACAACCUCAGAGAGGCCUUGGUGUUGCUCAGCUUGAACAAAUCCGACUCCGCAGUCAGUUGGGUUGUUCUGGAUUUACAUCUUCCCCUGUUGCCCCCUUUCAGGAUGAAUUGAGAUUGCAAGGAGUAGCAAGUUAUGGCGUACAACAAUCUUCAUCUUAUAAUAAUUAUUAUUCACAAUCAUCUUCGCCUUCAACUUCAUCUCCAUACGGCCAUCAUCCUAACUAUAUGAUGGCAUUUGGAGAUCAUGAAAGAUCAAAUUUAAGAUACCAAGAUUCUCUAACCAGUGCUGCUCCAAGAUGGAACCCUAAUGGUGUAUUAGAGAGCUCACCGUAUUCACAAUCAGACCCAACUUCUCGGCACUUUAAUAGCUAUUAUGAGGACUCGAGACACGAAAGAAUUGAUUUCUUUAAAAACAGCAAGAAAUCUGAAUCAAAUGAGCACGAAGAAGUUGAUUUGGAGCUCAGGUUGUCCAUCUAGUCAAUAAUAAUGAAUCCAUAAUUUAGUUUGGUUAUAAUGGACUGAAGUACUGGAAGAAGAACAGAUGCAGUAUAUAUUAUAUAUAUAUUGUUCAUCAAUGGGGGAAAUUAAGCUACAUAAAUAUAUCUGAAGGAUCGAUGAUGAUAAUUAACUACGAAGAAUAUCGGUGAUUAGAGUCGAUGUAAUUAAAUACUUGUGCUAAAUAGUUGCUUUGAAGCAAUACUAUACAUAUAUGCUUUGAAGUAUUACAAAGAGAUCAAACAAAUGAAUUAAGUAGCAGAUUUCAUGCCAAAUUAAAUAAUCACCAUUUCUUUCUUGGAAUACAAGAUUAUUGCUUGUCUCAAUGCAUAUAAGUGGUCGGAAAUCUAGGAUAUCAUU